UAACAAACAGAACAAAAAAAAAAUAAAUUACUUAUCCAAAUGUAGUUAUUAUUUUUGUCUUGGUGGCAUUUUCACUCAAUUGAUAUUCCUAUUAAUUAAUCUGAAUCAAUAAUCGAUAAAACAUAUUUUGUCAAUAUUUUUUUUUUUUUUUGACAUACGUCCAAAAAACCCGGUUUAAUCAACACAAUGAGUUUUUUAUACAAAGCUCGUCUUCAAGUGAACGAUAUGUUUUCCCAAUUUAAUCGUUUCAUAGCACCAAUGUAUUAUCAUGAUCGAUGCGAAAGAACGUUACAAAUGUACGUCUAUGUGAUGCAUAAACGUGAAGUAUUGUUAUCAUUAUCCGCCCUAUUAUCGGCUUAUAUUCUUCUUCUUUUCAUUGGAUUGGCCGGUCCAAAUGUCGAUAAAAUAAACUCGGUUAUGGCCAAAGAAAUGAUAAGCGAAUCAAAUAUUCAAGAAAAUUAUACAGCCCAAUUGUUAUCAUACGGUCCAUUUGUGGUGAUCACACCAGCCUUAUCAACUUAUUCACAGCAAUUAUCGCUCCAUCUAACGUUUUCAUUGAAAAAUGAAGAAUCAUCUGAAGCAUUUCAUAAAGAAUUUGAUAUUCUGAUCGAUUUGGAUGGCAUCAGUUCCAAUAACAAUAAAACACUACUUUCACGUGGUCGUUUAAAAUCAUCAUUGUAUUGUGGUGGUCGAAAAUGUGAACCGAUUAGAGUGAUUCGAUUGAUCGAGAUACAAUUCCAACAUUAUAGAAUAAACCUGACAUUUAAUCGGCUACAAUCAGUCAACGAAAAAUACACUAUUGAUGAUAUUCUAUUUGAAUUUCGUUCUGUGAAUAUUUCUUUCACAAAAUUGUCGAUCUGGUUUCGAUUCUUCUUCCUGAUGGUAACAUUCAUGGUUAUGUGCUUCUAUAUGCAUCAUUUAUAUCGUUUUUCAAUCAUCGAUUGGUCGCUUGAACAAAAAUGGACCGCUGCUCAGUUAUUGUUAUUGAUUCUGUCCAACAAUCCAUUUUAUCCGAUACAAUUCUUGUUGGGUUCUGAAUUUCCUUAUUUAUUAGAAGUUUGGCUACAUACUUCACUACAAACACUGAUCAUGUUUUUCUGGCUCUGUUUCUUCCAUGGUAUUCGACAAAAUAAUCGAUCCUUAUCUCGAUUCUAUGGCGGCAAAUUGGUUAUUAUCGGCACCAUAUGGUUCACUGUCAUCUAUACAAUGUCCUGGUCAUUACGUAAUCAAAUAUCGAACCCAAUAUUAGAUGAACUUUACGUUUUUAAUCAUUCAAUAUUUUUACAACUGUUAAGCGUCUUUUUUCAUAUUGCAUUCGUUCUAUAUUUUUUGUAUCUAAUCAUACUGGUAAUGGCUGCAUUCUCCGAAUUACGAUUGAUGCCAUAUUUUGAUGUACGACUAAAAUUGCAAACAUUUUUAAUGCUUUUUGUAAUCACUAUUUCAAUGUUAACAAUAUUAAUAUCGACUACAUCGAAUCCAUCAACAACAAAUAUGAUUAGUUCUAUACCGUUUCUUCGACUAUUACCAUUUACACAUUUUUCAUCAUCAUCAGCUACAUUUUUAUCAAUAUUCUCAUUGGUCAACAUUUAUAUUUGUUCUUGUGCAUAUUAUUAUAGGCCUUCAUUGAAUCAAUCAAAUGAAUGUCACAUUGUCCGUGAUAAUCCAACAUUGUCAAUGAUAAACGAUUCAGAUGAAGAAGUACUUUAUGGCAGUGAUACUGAAGAAUUAUUAAGCAUUCAAGCUAAUAAUCAUCAACAUAAUGAUCAUUCAAAUUGUAACAAUUUAAAUAAUAUUGUUCCCAAUCUGAUAGAUACUAGAACGGAUGAAGAAAGUGAUUGAACAAAUAAAUCAGUUCAAAACAAACGACAAAUCGUAUACCGGUGAUCAUGAAUUCUACUUCUGAUACAUUGAUGAUCUUUUUUUUAUUUAUUUGAAUAGAUGAUUUGUACAU